AUGGAGCUCAGUAAACUUCCUCUUGUGCUCUUGCUGAUUUCACACAUUCAUUCUGGACACACUGAAGAAAGAUCAAAAGCCAAAGUGAACAUUAAACCUGCUCAACGUGUAUUCAGAGGAGAGAAAGUCACUCUCAGAUGUGACAUUGAUGGUGUAGGAGUCACUAGCUGGCAGUACAGCUGGUAUAAAGAUGGUUCACUCUACAGCUCCAAUGAACUACAGGAACACACAUUCAGUUCAGUUACUAAGUCUGAUGCAGGUAAAUACUCCUGUUAUGGAGCAGAGGGAGGAGGAUCACGCAGAUCACAAGACAGUGAUGAAGUUACACUGACAGUAUCAGAUAUUCCCAGACCAGCUCUGACUGUGCUGCCACAGAGUUCAUUGUUCACUGGAGACUCAGUUACUCUGAGAUGUGAGGUGGAUCAGUCAUGGGAUGGAUUGGAGUUUCUCUGGAGUAAAAACUCAAACACUGAAUCUACUGAAGCUUCAACUAAAACAGUUGAUUCAGUGAAAGUCUCUGAUGGAGGAGAGUACAGGUGCAGAGCACAAAGAGGGGGAUAUUACACCAAUGUCAGUGAACCAGUAACAUUGACAAUAUAUGAAAAACCAAAAGCCAAAUUAAGCAUCAAACCCAAUAAUCAUGUAUUCAGAGGAGAGACAGUCACUCUCAGAUGUGCCAUUGAUGGUGAAGGAGUCACUAGCUGGCGAUAUGUCUGGUAUAAAUACAGUGCAUUCUACAACUCCAGUGACCUGCAGGAACACACAUUCACGUCUGUUAAUGAGUCUGUCACAGGUCAAUACUCCUGUUAUGGAGCAGAGAGAGGAGGAUCACGAACAUCAAACAUCAGUGAUGAAGUUACACUGACAGUAUCAGAUAGAGUCCAGGCAGUUUUAAGUGUUUCUCCACAGAAGUGGUUGACUGAAGGAGAUCCAGUGACUCUGAUCUGUGAGGUUUAUGGCUCCUCUACAGAAUGGACAUUCAGCUGGUUCUCUGUAACUGCUUCACCUGACAACCAACAUCUUGAUCAGCUGCUCUCAGACAGCAGCAGAGGAGCUGGAGGAAACUACACUGUCAGUUCUGCUGCUCUAAAACACACAGGAGUUUAUGUGUGCAGAGCAGAGAGAGGAGAACCAGCAUAUAACACAACCUACAGCAACACACAGGAAGUAUGGGUCACUGGUGUUUCUCCUCGAGUCUCUCUGAUCAUCAGUCCCAACAGAACUCAACACUUCACAUCUGUCUCUCUCUCUCUGAGCUGUGAGGACCAGAGUAACUCUGAUAGAUGGAGAGUGAGAAGAUACACACAAAGUUGGGGGGUGGAAGAUUCUUCAUCAUUAUGCUGGGCAUCACAAACAGGUUCUACAUGUACAAUCAAUUCAACCAACACAUCAGACACUGGAGUGUACUGGUGUCAGUCUGAAUCUGGAGAGAAAUAUCAUCCUGUUAAUAUCACUGUACACUCUGGUGUGAUUCUGGAGAGUCCUGUUCAUCCUUUGACUGAAGGAGAUAAUCUGACUCUACACUGUUUAUAUCAACAUUCAACUCCAUCAAACCUCAGAGCUGAUUUCUAUAAAGAUGGAUCACUCAUCCAGAGUCAAACUACAGAGAUGAUCAUCUCUACUGUCUCAAAGUCACAUGAGGGUUUCUACUACUGCAAACACUCAGAGAGAGGAGAGUCACCCAAGAGCUGGAUCUCAGUCAGAGUGUCUCCUUCAGAAUCUCAGAUCUCUGUCCUCCACACACUCAGUUCUGUUUUGGCAGUUUGUCCAUAUCUGCUAGUGACAGUCGUGCUGAUUUUCAAAUGCUGCAGGAUGAGAGGUGGAUCUGACUGAUUUAUUAGAUGCUAUAAUUAUUAUAUUUAAUUUCAAUAAUCAUUAUAUUUAAACCAAAAAAUUGUCAUUAUUAUCAUAUCAUAUAUUAUAUGGCUAUCAUCUUUUGAUAACUUACCCAGGGUUUGUU